CAUCAUGACUCCAGAUUGAUUAUAUUCCCCUAUAAAAACCGUUGGAGCUUCAGAAUCGUUUUAGACAUAAAAGCCGUUGCAAGUUGUAAGUAACGUGAAUUUUAGUAAGAAACAGUUAUACGCAAAUAUGUAUCAAGGAAGUUGUGUAAAUUUGUUGGAGCAGCCUUUGGAGCAGGUGCGCCAAUGGCUGGACAGUUUCGAUACCAUUAUUAGUGAUUGUGAUGGUGUUAUUUGGCUGGGCGACAAUGUGAUUGACGGCGCUGCGGCAACUAUGCGCCAACUCAAACGUUUGGGCAAAGAAAUUUAUCUUUGCACGAAUAAUUCUACGCGCACGCGUCAACAGUUAUACGAGAAAGCGCAUAGCAUGGGUUUCGACAUUAGCGCCGAGCGUAUUAUAUCCUCGUCCUACGCCACUGCCGCCUAUCUGAAAUCGCGUAACUUCCAGCGCAAAGUAUACGUUAUAGGCACGGCAGGCAUAACAGACGAACUGAAGGCGGUGGGCAUUAAGCACACUGAAGUGGGUCCUGAUGUUAUGACCGGCCGGCUGACUGCAUACAUACAGUCCGGUUUGCGUAAGGAAACGGACAUUGGCGCUGUUGUAGUGGGUUUCGAUGUGCACUUCAGUUUUUGUAAAAUGAUUAAGGCUUCAGUGUACCUGUCGGAUCCGAAGUGUCUGUUCAUCGCUACAAAUAUGGAUGAACGCUUCCCAAUAACUGGCAUGGUUAUACCCGAUGCGGGCAGUAUUGUGCGCACCGUGCAAACGUGCACGGCACGCGAACCGAUUGUGAUUGGCAAACCGAAUCGGAGCAUUUGUGAGUGGUUAAUUAAGAAUGGCAGCAUUAAGCCAGCGCGUACGCUUAUGAUCGGCGAUUGUUGCGGCAGUGACAUAGUGCUGGGCCAUAAUUGCGGUUUCAAGACGUUGCUUGUCGGCACUGGUGUCAAUCAGUUGAGCGAUGUGCAUAUUUGGCAGCAAUCCGGUGAUCCGGAACACAAAAAACUCAUACCUGAUGUUUAUUUGCCGAAACUCUCUGAUUUGUUGGCGCUUCUUUAAGCGCAAUACGGUAGCAAAACAUAUUUUUAUUAUGAAUAUUAUCCUCAAAUACUAUUAUAUGAUGUAAUUUAUAGUUAUUUUUUCAUGCAUUUAUAUUUUUGUAUUAUAUGAAAUUAAGAAGUGAAUAUUAUUUUAAAAUGUUCAUCAGUAGAACACUAUAAAUAUUUGUAAAAACAUUUUUAUGCGCUAGUUACAACGCAUAAUAUAUAAUUUUUUGAUAUUUUGAGGUUAUAUAUACCAUAAGCUAAAAGCAGCUAGUUACAUGACGUUAAAUAUUUAAGCGAUUCAUAUUUUGCAAAUUUUUUUGUAUGCAUAUAAACAAAAUUGUUUAUUUUUGUUGUUGUUGAACAACGAACGAACGAAAUAGGUCUUUGGAAUGCGGCUGGCUUGACAUUCCUAGACCAAAAACGUAUAAAUCGCAUGAAUAA